AUGGAUCGUCGCGGCUCGACGUGUCCAGCCCACGCGCUUCGACUAGUAGCAGUCUUACUGAUCAUCACUGUCGCCCCCGCCGCCGCUGGCCGACGGAUAGACACACUUGGUACAGCGAUAAACGCGGACUCUGGCACCGCAACCGCCGGCACCGCGACGUCUGUCGACGCGACAGCUGGCGCGGCGGCAUCGGACCUCGCGGCGCUGGCCGUGGACGCGAAGACGAAGCAGGAGAUUAAAGCCCUCGCGCCGCUGAUUGGCAGCGUGGACCUGGCGGGCGUCGAUAAGCCGCCCAAACGCGCGUCGUACUUAACUAAAGACGCGUUCGUGAAGGCGGUUCGCAAGUGGAUCGCGACGGUGAAGCGGCGCGUGCAGGCGCUGCAGAAGCAGAUUCGGCAGGCGGGGGGAGGCAGUGGGCGCGGAAUGAGCACGGGGAACAGCGCGCGCGGGAACACCACAGCUGUUGGGUAUGGGGUGACGCACUGCUGCUGCCGUGCGUGCUCAACACAAACCCGGCUGCUCUCCCUCUUCUCUCCCUCUUCUCUUCUCUCCCUCUUCUCUCCCUCUUCUCUCCCUCUUCUCUCCCUCUUCUCUCCCUCUUCUCUCCCUCUUCUCUCCCUCUUCUCUCCCUCUUCUCUCCCUCUUCUCUCCCUCUUCUCUCCCUCUUCUCUCCCUCUUCUCUCCCUCUUCUCUCCCUGCUCCUCCCCCAUUCCCGUGCUUCCUGCGUUUCCCACUCCCCCACCCCCCCCACCAGACAAAAACAAAAGUCUGGGCUACACUCCGCCCCCCAUCAUGGAUCCCACCAAGCUGCCGAAUCUCAACACCGUCUCGCGCUACCUCACCGUGGGCCUCACGCUCGACGCCACCACCCAGAAGCUCAGCUGGAGCCUAAACUGUCUGGGCUACACUCCCCCCCCCAUCAUGGAUCCCACCAAGCUGCCCAAUCUCAACACCGUCUCGCGCUACCUCACCGUGGGUCUCACGCUCGACGCCACCACCCAGAAGCUCACGUGGGAUUUCAAGCGCAGUGUGGACCACAGCUCGCUGGCGUAUUCCGAAGGAGUACUGCUGUCCUUGCAGCAGCUGGUUCACUGCACGGGCGCUGCUGCUGCUGCUGCUGCUGCUGCUGCUGCUGCUGCUGCUGCUGCUGCUGCUCCUGCAGCCACCCUCAAGCCACAACAACCACACCUCCCUCUCCCCUCCUCCUUGUCCUCCCAGGUUCCUGCUGGGCGUUCCUGCUGGGCGUACGCGGCAGCGAAGGCGAUUCAGGGCGCGUAUGCUCUCGACGCGGAUACCGACUCGUUCCCCAACGGGACUCGGCUGUUGGUGCAGCAGCUGGUGGACUGCACUGGCGCUGCUGCUGCUGCUGCUGCUGCUGCUGCUGCUGCUGCUGCUGCUGCUGCUGCUGCUGCUGCUGCUGCUGCUGCUGCUGCUGCUGCUGCUGCUGCUGCUGCUGCUGCUGCUGCUGCUGCUGCUGCUGCUGCUGCCACUGCUGCCGCUCCUGCUGCCUCCUCAAACGCCACUAUAUCCUCGCCUUCCUUCCCCCCUCCCUUCCCCCCCUCCCCUGCUCCCCGUCCUCCCCCUCCCAGGUUCCUGCUGGGCAUAUGCAACAGCGCGGGCGAUUCAGGGCGCGUAUGCUCUCGACGCGGACACAGACUCGUUCCCCAAUGGGACCCGGCUGCUGCUCUGCAGUAUGCUGCCAAGAACGGGCUGCAGGACGAGGAGGGUUAUGCUUACACGGGGGUCAACGGGAAGUGCGGCGUCAAGAAGGACAUGCCCAAGUUCAACAUCAGCAUGUACGAGCAGGUGCCACUGCCGGGGCCGCUGGGGCUCAUUCUCGCGCUGCAGCAGCAGCCCGUUAUCGUCACCAUCCGCGCCUCCUCAGAGGAUUUCAUCAACUAUGCGGGCUGGGGCUGCUACAACCCGCUGGGGACCAUCUUUGAAAGCAGACGGCCGGCUGCCACCGCUACAGCCACCAACAACACGGCUCUGCUGGACCACGUGAUGCUGGCCGUGGGGUAUAACUAUGAGGCACCCGGCAGCUGGGCGAACUACUUCAUUCUGAAGAACAGCUGGGGGCCGGACUGGGGCGAGGGCGGGUACAUGAAGAUUCGAAUGGAGAAUGGGCCGUUUGGCACGUGUGGCAUGCUGGUCAACCGCGGGCUCUACCCCGUUGUCAAAGUUCCCCGGACCACAGACCCCUGCAACACGUGCCCCUGUGGGGGCGGCUCGUGUGUGGCGGACGCGAGUGGCAACGGCAAGUACACGUGUCCCCAUCUCUCCUCCUUACUACCCCUGCAACACGUGCCCCUGUGGGGGCGGCUCGUGUGUGGCGGACGCGAGUGGCAACGGCAAGUACACGUGUCCCCAUCUCUCCUCCUUACUGUCUGCAUCCUCCUUCCCAUUCCCCUCUCCACACCCCUUACCAUCUCCCCAGUUCCCCAGAGCACGGACCCCUGCAACACGUGUCCUUGUGGGGGCGGCACGUGUGUGGCGGACGCGAGUGGCAACGGCAAGUACACGUGUCAGUGCAUGGAUCGGCUAACGCCCGCUGUCAACCGCGACGGCACACCCACAUGCACCGUCGUCAACGUCUGCAGUGUGCUGCCCAACAACCCAUGCGCCGUGGGGCAGAGCGUCAACAGCGACACUCAGCCCGUCUCAAAUCCCCCUGCCUCUCAUCGCCCUAUCUCGUUCUCCCUCUUUUCUCCACUUCCUUCCCAUACAGUCAACGUCUGCAGUGUGCUACCCAACAAUCCCUGCGCCGUGGGGCAGAGCAUCAACAGCGACACUCAGCUCCACUUCUCAUUGCCCCACUUCUCAUUGCCACACUUCUCCCUCCUUCCGCCGCAGUCAACGUCUGCAGUGUGCUACCCAACAACCCAUGGGCCGUGGGGCAGUGCGUCAACAGCGGUGACCAACCCUACCCCGUCUCAUCCCCCCACUCCUCUCGCAUCGCAUCUUUUCUUCCAUCCCUCCUUUCCAGUCGACGUGUGCAGCGUGCUGCCCAACAACCCAUGCGCCGUGGGGCAGUGCAUCAACAGCGGCGACGGCGGUUACUCGUGCCUCUGCCCGCCCAACUACAAGACCAGCGCGCUUGCCUCCGGCCAGACCACCUGCGUGCCGGAGAUGGGAACGAGCACAGCAACAGCGGUUCAGGGCACGUACACAGUGCAGGGGGGAGAGACAUGCGGCGCCAUCUACGGUUUCAUCGGCCUCACUCAGGAGCAGUUUCUAGAGCAGAAUAAGAAAGUGGACUGUGAGAAUCUCAAGUCAGGGGUGGUGCUCAACAUCUCCAUACCCUCCUCGGCUCAAGUCUGCCGCGUUCGCUACUCUGUCACCCAGGCGGAUGCAGCAGCAAAGAGCUGUGAUCCAAUCAAUAAUCGUUUCGGCAUCGACGUCACGACCAUCAACCCCACCCUCGACUGCUCAAGCCUCGUGCCCAACCAGCAGAUCUGCAUUCAGGUGGGGGACGCGGUGUCAGGAGCAGCGGACUACAACCUGUGCACGAGCUACCUGCCGGUCAACGAGUGGACCACGUGUGCCAACGCCGUGGAUUGGUACCAAAUCUCGUGGUUCGACCUCUACCGCCUCAACCCCGGCAUCAACUGCGACACGCUCACAGCACUCACCGCCUCCGAGAUCUGCAUUGCCGGCACGCCGUUGGGAGCGGUGGCGUGCGGUAAGGCGCGGUCGAAGACGGUGGCGAACCGGCGGUACACGGUGGGGGCGGGGGACAGCUGUGCAUCGCUGGUGGUGGUGCAGUUCCAGCGCCAGCCGCCGCUCGUGGGCCAGCUCAACCGCAACUGGAUGUGCCGCUCCCAGAGCCUCUUUGCCGGCAUGCCCCUCUGCAUCCCCUCUUAG